GGAAAACCACAAAAAACUAAAAUAUAACACAAAAUAUUAACAUAAAUAAGGAAAAGAAAACGAUAUUAAAAUGGCUGACAAACACCGCCGAGUUCGCGAAGAUUCUGGUGACGAGGAAAAUAUGGAGAUCCAUCCGUCUAAAAAGCGUCGCCUGCAGCCCUCCAGGAUCAAGAUGUUGCCCAACGAGACUUACGUGGACACAUUUGGGCGUCUGAUGAACGCCCUGAGCAUCCAGAAUGGCUGCUCAAUAGAACUGAAGCUGGAGGAUUUGUCGUAUUUCUUCAACGAAAAACUACAGGGCAAUAAGCCGGCUGUCCUGCGCACUCUGGCCUCCUGUGUGAUCGAACAUCCGGCCCAUUCCAGUGCCUAUGCCACCUUUGUGGGUCUCUUGAACAUUGAAAACUACGAGUUUGGUGGCGAUUGCGUCCACUUUAUUAUGAAGAAGCUGCGCACCUCCAUGGAGCAAAACCACUGGAAGAAUUGCUACGGAAUAAUGGCCUUUAUAGUGGACCUCUUCAAUUGCAAUGUGGUUACAUGCAAUUCGCUCAUGAGUCUGCUCACUUGCUUCCUGAGCGAGUGCGUCGAGGUGGAGGAGGGCGACGAUGUGUCGGACAUAACCCCUCAGGCUCGCCGGGAUUGGCUGGCCUUUUGCGUGCUGUCCACCCUUCCGUCUGUCGGGAACGAGCUCCAGCAGAAGGCGGCCAACUUCCAGAGUCUACUGCUUACGCUGCAGAUCUAUGUGAAGAAGCGCAUUCCGUUGCAUGCCGCAAUGCUGGGAAUCUGGAGCGGGGGCAGCGGUUGCGCCCAAAUGGACUACCUUCACCUGCUCUGGGAACAGGUGAGGCAGCUGCAGAUUCAGGAGUGGGAGGAGCCGGAGCAUCACCUCCUUCUGCGCCCUUACUUGGCCUUCGACGACACUCUGAGUGCCGCCUUGCAGCAUACCCUGCCCCCCCUGAAGAUGCCAAAGCAUACCCUGAAAUCAGAGUAUCCUUCUGCACGGGUGGUGUUCCGUAUCUUCGAUUUCUCGACAUGCCCGGAUGGCCUGCAAAUGCCCCCCAUCCUGAGCGUUGAACGGCAUCUACUGGAGGUGCAAAUCCUGGAGAUUCUCAAGGUUCAUCACUUGGAGCGUAAGAUCUGCGCCGAUCAUCUUUGGAACUAUGCCAAGUCGAAGCCCCAGAUUCCGGUCCACUUCUGUAUUGUGGAGGUUAUCUUUGGCGAGAUGCUACAGCUACCCACUUCGCAGUGGACCACCCUUGUAUAUGGCUCUAUUCUGGUGGAGCUGAGCAAGAUGCAGCCGGACAAGAUCCCUAUGGCGGUGAUGCAGGGGGCGGACACCAUCUUCGCCCAGCUGGAGUGCAUGAGUGUGGCCUGCUUCGACCGGCUGGUGAACUUCUUCUCCCACUACCUGAACAACUUUUCCUUCAACUGGCACUGGAGCCAGUGGGCGAAGGACUGCAAAGGCGCCUCCGACCCCACCAGCAGUCAAAGCUUUAUUAGCGGCAACUUCCAUUUCCAAGCGGUUUUUCUACGGGAGCUCAUCAAGAAGUGCCGCCGUUUAUCCUACCACGAGAACAUGCUCCAAGUGCUACCUGAGAAUGCGCUCCACUUUCUGCCACCUCCUCCUCUUUCCCACUUCAGGUAUAUCGAUGAUCACGUGCCGGGAGCGAAGCUCUCCCAACACCUCCUUGAGGCGAUGAGAGGCCGCAAAGCUGAGCCCGCGGAGGUGAGCAGCAUCUUGGGCCAUACUAGCAUUCUGCAUCUUCUCAAGAUUAAUGUGCUGACCCAGACGUGCCUUCACAUCGGCUCCAAGUCUUUCACGCACACCUUUGCCACCCUCGCCCGAUACAAGCCGGUGUUUAAGCUCCUAGUCAAAAGCGAGUCGGAGCAGCAUGCCAUUCUAAAGGGUGUCUUCGAGGUGUGGGUCAGAAAUGAGCAUUUCAAGUACGUGGUGGUGGAGAAGUUGAUCCGGAUGAAGAUCGUGGAGCCCAAAUACAUAGUGUCCUUUAUCUUUUUGCCCGUGCUUCGCGGGGAACUCACCAAGAUGUACAUGUGGGAGAUUUUGCAUGCCACGAUCCAUAUCGUGAAGAAUCCCGUCCGUCUCUUCCCAAAGAACCGCAGUGCCGAGGAGGAAAAGGAAUUGGAUAAAAUGACCGGAGAUACGGAGAUCGCUGUCAAGGGUAUCCUGCUUUAUGUACUCCAGCGAUUUGUUAAGGUCCUGGAGAGUUCGAUUCCAGGAGCCGAGGGUACCAACACCCGUCACUGGUUCCAGUGGGUCCAGGGCCGGAUGCAGGAGUUUCUCUUCAUUUACUCCGAUGACUAUAAAAAGAUGGCCACCAAGUUGGUGAAGAUCUGCGAGGAGUCCGAGCUGCCCAAGUGCUCUAUUAAGGUUAUUCAGGCUUAUCUCGCCUAUACCAUGUAGAUUUUCUAUCUUUCUACCAGCUACAGA